CAAAAUGAAAACCGGGGGAACAACAAGACACGCGGAUUUCUCUCGUCUUCCCCCUCCAUUCCCUGCCCACCACUCGUCCGUCGGCGUCGACCCCUCUCUGUGUCCGUGCCGCGGGGAAGAAGGCAAGGCUGUCCUGUCUCUGUCUGUCCGGGUGGACGACGAGGAGGAGGAACAGGAGAGGCUCGUCGUGAUACGUACGUAAGUACGUGAUGGACGGGAGCGCGGUGGAGGAGCUGAUACGGCGGCUGCUGGACGGGAAGAAGCACAAGGUAACGGGGAAGAAGGUGCAGCUGAGCGAGGCCGAGAUCCGGCACCUCUGCGUCACUGCCAAGGAGAUCUUCCUCUCCCAGCCCAACCUCCUCGAGCUCGAGGCCCCCAUCAACGUCUGCGGCGACAUCCACGGACAGUUCUCGGACCUGCUGCGGCUGUUCGAGUACGGCGGGCUGCCGCCGACCGCCAACUACCUGUUCCUGGGCGACUACGUGGACCGCGGGAAGCAGAGCAUCGAGACCAUCUGCCUGCUGCUGGCGUACAAGAUCCGGUAUCCGGACAACUUCUUCCUGCUCCGGGGCAACCACGAGUGCGCCUCCAUCAACCGCAUCUACGGCUUCUACGACGAGUGCAAGCGCCGCUUCAGCGUCCGCCUCUGGAAGCUCUUCACUGACUGCUUCAACUGCCUCCCUGUCGCCGCCGUCAUCGAAGACAAGAUCCUCUGCAUGCACGGGGGGCUCUCCCCGGACCUCGACAGCCUCGACCGGAUCAGGGAGAUCCAGCGCCCCGUCGACGUCCCCGACCAGGGCCUCCUCUGUGACCUCCUCUGGUCCGACCCUGACCGCGACAGCUCAGGGUGGGGCGACAAUGACCGCGGCGUCUCCUUUACCUUCGGCGCCAACAAGGUCGCCGAGUUCUUGAACAAGCACGACCUCGACCUCAUCUGCCGCGCGCACCAGGUUGUGGAGGACGGGUACGAGUUCUUCGCCGACCGGCAGCUAGUGACCAUAUUCUCGGCGCCCAACUACUGCGGCGAGUUCAACAACGCCGGCGCGCUGAUGAACGUCGACGCCAGCCUGCUCUGCUCGUUCCAGAUCCUCAAGCCGUACAGGGGAAAGGCACAGACGGAGUGACGACGGCAGGAUGCCGGCUGCCGGCAGCGGCCGGGAGAGAGGAGAUCUUGAUUAGAGGCGUGUUAGAAUCGCGAGGAGAUCUCGCAGGUUUCUCCUCUCGCAUUUUUGUGCUCCGAGAGCUGCUGUUGAUUCGAUCCUCAGUUCUUCUGAAUCUUUUGCUUGUUACUGAUUCAGUACGUGCACAUACAGAGAUUAUAGUUUCUGAACUGCUUUCAUCUUAUGUUCAUGCAAGGAGCAAAAUGUUACCUGAAAGUUCAGUUCAGAAGCAGUUAUAUGGAGGAAACCCAAAAAUAUCAUUUGAAGAGGAUCUGAUAGAAAGCAAGAACCCCCAUCUUUGAGAAAAAUCAGUGGAUUAGUGAGUCUAUGAAUAAAGCCGUCAAUUUUUAAA